AAUUGAGUGUACUUGCGUAUAAUCUGGCUGCACUAUCGACAUUUUAACACAAUGGAAAAAUUGAUUGGAAUUCAACAGUUAAAAGGGAUACUUAAAUGUUUCCCAGGAAAUAUGAAAUUCUGCUUUGCAUAUGGAUCUGGUGCAUUUAAGCAAGCAAAUAAUCAAUCUAAUAAAAUGAUAGAUCUCAUUUUUGUUGUUCGUAAUAUAAAACAAUGGCACUCUGAGAAUCUACAUCUUAACCCCAAGCAUUAUGCUCAACCAUUGAGGUUUCUUGGGCCUAGAGCAAUUGCAAAUGUACAAGAAAAAUGGGGUGCUAAGGUAUAUUAUAAUACAUUGGUUAAAAUAACAGAAGAAUGUAUUAUCAAAUAUGGAGUAGUCUCUGAAAUUUCAUUAAUAGAAGAUUUGUUAGAUUGGAAUGAUUUGUAUUUGGCAGGAAGAUUACACAAACCAGUUAAAGUCUUGAUAGAACCAAAUGAAAAUUCUCAAAUACCAACAGCUCUAGUACAAAACUUACAUUCUGCAGUUCACGCAGCACUGUUAUUACUUCCACAAUACUUUACAGAAGUUCAGUUUUAUAAAACUAUAGCUGGUCUAUCUUACAGUGGUGACUUUCGAAUGAUCUUUGGUGAAAAUAAAGAAAAAGUUAAUAAUAUUGUCCUGCCUCAGCUAUCAUAUUUUAAAGAAUUAUAUAGUCCAAUUUUACAACAUUUUGAAAAUUAUUUGGAUAUUCCAAAGUCUGAUAAUUCAAUUGUCACUUGUCAUCAGGAUACAAGUCCAACAACAAAAAUACAUCAUUUGAAUCAGUUGCCACGAAUACCACAAGUUAAACUAGUAAGAGCAUGGUCACAGGGCCCAAGAUCAAAGGAUACAGAAGAUUGUUUGCGUGCAAUUGCUCAUGAUCCUGAAUGUGGUGAAAUAUUAGAGGAAUGUUUAAAAAACAUUGUAUGGAGAUCCAGUGUUACACAAAGUUUGAAAGGGAUUGUUACUGCUGGAUUUGUAAAAUCUGUUAAAUAUAGUGCAGCAAAAAUAAUGAAGAUGUUGCAAGCAAGUCCAGAGACAAGUUCCUUACCAAAGCUAGAAUCGAAGAAUAAAGUUGAAACGAUAGUAGCAACUGUGAAAAAUCAGGCACAAUCAAAGGAAACAGAGAAACGUGUAGAGUAGUAAUUAC